AUGUGGCCCAUUUGGCUGCUGGUUGCCUUAUCGUUAUCACUGGCCAGCGGAAGGCAGGUGGGCCGGUGCAGCUUGGCCCGGCAGCUCUAUCGGUAUGGAAUGCCCUACAGCGAGCUGCCCGACUGGUUGUGCCUCGUCGAGGGCGAGAGCUCCUUCAACACAAAGGCCAUCAAUCCCUCGAAUGCGGACGGCUCCGUGGACUGGGGUCUGUUCCAAAUCAACGAUCGCUACUGGUGCAAGCCGGCGGACGGUCGUCCCUCCAACGAUCUCUGUCGGUUGCCCUGUCGACUGCUCCUGAGCGAUGACAUCCGGUAUUCCAUAGCGUGUGCAAAGUACAUCCGGAAACAGCAAGGAUUCUCCGCCUGGGUGGCUUGGAACAACCGCUGCCAAGGCAUCAAGCCCAAUGUGCGUCACUGCUUCCGGCGAAGGUACAGGAACUCGGGUUGAGCAGCCAAAUAGCGCUUUUGCGAUAAUUACAUGAAGAAUUUUAUUCAUAAAGAUUUUAAUCUGAUUAAAAAGAGUGUUC